AUGAUCGAGCAAAAGCACCCCUCCGACAACAACAUCCUCAACUCUUACAACGUCGCUCAGCUCCAGUACGCCUUCCCCUCAGACGUGGACAUUGACUAUUCUGCACGCCGCAUGUCCACUUCCACCGCAUCGGCAGCAGACACAGACAGCAGCAUUACAUCCCGUGGCGAGAAACGUCCCUUGUCUCCCUCCAGCUCUCCCCAGCCCAGGCGAUCUCGUCCUACCGACGCUUGGAACUUUCCGUCCCAUCUCGAGAAUAAACCGUCGCUCGACACCGCCCUUGACAGCUCAAAGGUACAGUUGCCUUCCAUCUUUACGACAUUCGAGGACCCAUUCCGUCACGAACUACGCCGCGCCUCCUUGCCAAGCCUCCAUUCGGACCCCUCAAAUACUCGCCACAGACCUUAUCCCCCCUCCAGUCUCCGCAGAUCUCACAACCAAUCUGGUCUUGCCUCCUACCAGUUUCCUUCUUCAGAUACCCCAGACACUUCUGCUGACAGAGGCUCUCAUCGUCCAAAGCUCACCGCUGACACUCACCUCCACCUCCCAAACUCUUUCCCUGACCACUCUCCCUACCCCGCUACAGCCCUUUCCUCAGAUACCACUCCCUCCAGCUCCAAUCUCACGUCCUCCUCCUACACCUCUCCCCUCACACCCGACGUCCGUCCACACCCCGUAUCUGUAGCUUACAACGAUCAAGACGCCUGGAGCGCCUCUCCUUCUGGUAUCAUUCGUCCAAGUUCCACACCCGGUCAAUUGUCUACCGGUCCUGCCACAAAAUACGACGAUAAUAUUCGUCACUCUUCAUUCAGCGUUUCUCAGCAACAGAUGUUUGGCAGUGCAACUCGCAUCUCCGGUCAACAAGAUCGCAGAGGCUAUCAGGGUUCUUCUAUGAAAUCAGACGACUGGAAUUUCUCAUCUCAGGACUAUGUCUUGCCCCCCAGCAAUUCUUCCUAUCCUGUUUCUUCAAGUCCCCUCUCCACCUCUCAUAUCCCCGCAUCUACACCGUCCGCAUCCACUCGCUCACCUCAAGCUCCCAGCUCCACACUCGUAGAGCGCCCCACUCGCAAGCGUGGCAAGUUGCCCAAGGAGACCACGGACUACCUCAAGGCUUGGCUGCAUCGCCAUUCAGAUCAUCCGUAUCCAAGCGAAGAAGAGAAAAAACAGCUGUGCCAUGCGACUGGGCUGAGCAUGAGCCAGGUAUCGAACUGGAUGAUCAAUGCUCGCCGAAGAAUUUUGGCUCCGGCGCACAGGGCUGCGUCUGGUCCCACGACCUCUGCUCCAUAUCCGCCUUCUGCUCGUGCAGGUCCCGUUCCGAGCAUGCUUGACCCCAUCGCGCGCCGCGCUUCAAUACCCACUGACAGUCUGCAACUUUACCAUCCCAUGUCCCUGCAAUCCAUCCCCUCUUCUCAGGGCCAUCAUCACUCUUCAAGUGACUUUGGUUCUACUCGCCAUCUGCUAGGUAUCCCCUCAACUCGCUCUUCACAGCAUUACGGCGGCGGUGGCGGCAUCAGUUCAUCCGGCGGCCUGGAUUACUCCCAAAGUAGGCUCGGAAUGUCCUAUGUUCCAGGGCAAGGCCAUCAUUCCGGAAGCACGGCACAGUCUACCCAGUAUCUCUCUUCCGGAGUUCCGAUGUCUGCCCCACCAUCCCUUUCGUCGAAUCCAUUUGCAUCGCAUAAUAUACAUGGUCAACAGCAUCAGCAGCAUCAUCAGCCAUCAUUGUAUUCUUCUCAGCAUCAUCACUCGUCGAUGUCCUCCAAUUUCCUUCCGAGCCCGUCGCAAGGUACCUCACGUCUGCCUAGUCACUCGACUGAAUCGCAGUCGCACAGUUAUUACAGUGAGGGACAAUCGCAUCCCCCAUCGUCCACUUCGUACUCAAACCCGCAGUGAAUCCGCUCUUUAUCUUUCCAUAUCGACCACGGAUGGUAUUGUUAACUCCGCAACAUCUGAUCCGUGUGUAACAUUAUUAGUAUCAUACCUACCUAAACUCUCUCUCUCUCUCCCAGUCGCUGUUGUACCUUGUUGGACUUUUUUUUGCAUCUGCAUUCUUCUUGGGACUGUUUUCUCUCCUUGGCCUCGUUGCUUGUUCAAAAAAAAUUGAUGCUCCCGUUUCGUCGACCAGGACUUUCCUCAUCGCCGGGCUUCGGCAACACUUUUCUGCAGUUUCUCCCAUAGCUCCUAUGUUGCACAUGCAUCAACGGAGCACAGGUACAUAAUGCUCCCCGCAUGUGCACCACGAAGCCUGGAAUUUCGGAUCUUCCUAGGUGGGGAGCUUCUAUAUAUCGCACCUUUGUUGCUUCCAUGCAUCUCGCACUUCCUUUCCAAUUUUAUUCUUUUCUUAGAUCCCAAAAAUGAUACUUUCCUUUUACAUAUCUCUUUUGGUCAUCUAAUUAGAGAAACUCGACAUCACCUCCAUCACGACUUUUUUUUAUCUAUUGUUCUUUCUUUUUCUUUCUUUCUUGCACUCGUUUCUUGGGGCUAGCUAUCGCUGUUUUGUAAUUUACUAUCACCGAUGUCUUGUUGCAGAUGCCACUCGUAUGCUUUAUAACUUAUACUACUACUACAUCACCUUAAUAGACCGUCUUGCUUUGCACACUUU